GAAUUCCCAGACAGCCUCCCUCUGCACCAGCACUGUGCUCAGCAGACAGUACAGACUGUGCACACACUGCGAUUUCCCUUCAUCAUUUUCUCCUGCUAUACAUGGCUUGUCCGGGCCGUUCCCUUUGAAAAGUUUAGGAGCCGCUUGGAGCUGAAACAUGUUGAGGUGUGUUCUUCAGAGAGCCAGCCAUCUCCCCAAUGUGGAGAAGGGAGCCAGACAGAGCGACCCUGUUGCUAGCCUAACAUUUCGAGGGUCUAAGAAAAAAACUAAAGUCAUCAAGAAUAACUUGAAUCCAGUCUGGAAUGAGGGGUUCGAAUGGGACCUGAAGGGGGUCCCGCUGGACACCAGCGCCGAGAUGCGCGUGGUGGUGAAGGACCAUGAGAAAAUGAGCAGGAACCGGUUUCUGGGAGAAGCUACUGUGUCCCUCCGAGAUGUGCUCAGUUCACACAACCUGACUGCCAGUUACAAUGUGCCUCUACUGGACAACAAGAAACAGAGCACAGGGGCCACACUCAACCUGCAGGUUUCCUACAUCGCUCCCCCAGGGACAGCUCCGGUAUCUCCCCCCCCUGCUCCCCCCGAGGCCCAGCAUGCUUCUGCUGAGCUUGACACUGUCACAGAUACCGGCGGUGAAGAGGAGACAGAGGACCAGGUGGAGAUUGCUGAGGAGGCAGAGCCAGCUGUGGUGACGCCUGGGCAAGAGCCCCCUGCUCUGCCCAAGAAAAACUCAAUGCUCCCUGUCCAUGGCAUCAAGAAGAAGAGGAGGAGUGCCAAGGAGCCGCUCUCCAACAAACCACAGGACUUCCAGAUCAGAGUUCAGGUCAUCGAUGGCAGACAGCUCCCAGGAGUCAACCUCAAACCCAUUGUCAAGGUCACUGUCGCCGGGCAGACAAAGAGAACCAGGAUUAGAAAAGGAAACAAUCCCUCCUUUGAUGAGACCUUCUUCUUUAACUUCUUCGAAUCUCCAUCUGAACUCUUUGAUGAGCCAAUCUUUAUCACUGUUUUUGAUUCUCGCUCUCUUCGCACUGAUUCGGUUAUUGGAGAAUUUAAGCUUGAUGUGGGAACAGUAUAUGCACAGCCAAAGCAUGCCUUCAUCAGGAAGUGGCUCCUACUCUCUGACCCCGAUGACAUUUCUGCUGGGGUCAAAGGUUACCUAAAGGUCAGCCUCUGUGUGCUGGGUGUCGGGGAUGAGGCACCGACGGAGAAGAAAGAGGUGACAGAGGACAAAGAGGAUAUCGAGGGGAACCUGCUCCGGCCUGCAGGCCUGGCUCUGAGAGGAGCACAGUUCACACUCAAGAUCUACAGAGCUGAGGACCUGCCACAGAUGGAUGAUGCAUUCUUAGACGGGAUGAAACAGGUCUUUGGAUUUGACAGCAACAAGAAGAAUCUUGUCGAUCCCCUGGUUGAAGUCUGCUUUGCUGGAAAGACGCUCUCCAGUAAGAUCCUUGAGAAGAACGCCAACCCGCAGUGGAACCAGAGUCUAACUCUACCCAUCAGGUUUCCUUCUAUGUGUGAGAAAAUGAGAAUCCGCCUAAUAGACUGGGACAGAGCGAGCCACAAUGAUGUCAUUGGUACCGCCUUCCUCUGCAUGUCUAAAAUUUCAGCACCUGGCGGAGAUCUAGAAGAUGAUUUUCCACCGAAGACCUUCAGCAAAAACAGCUUCGAUGACAGUCUGGGGUUCCUGCCAACCUUUGGCCCCUGCUAUAUCAACCUGUACGGAAGUCCGAGGGAAUUCACCACGUUUUCUGAUCCCUACGAGCCACUGAACCUGGGGAAGAGGGAGGGAGUGGCUUACCGAGGAAGGGUGCUGGUGGAGCUGGACACCAAGCUGGUGGAGCGCGUGGAGCAGAGGGUGGAGGACAUCCCUGCAGACGACCUGCUGGUGGUGGAGAAGUUCAUGCGAAAGCGUAAGUACUGCCUGUUUGCUUCCUUCUACUCGGCCACCUUGCUGCAGGAUGUGGAUGAUGCCAUCCAGUUCGAAGUCAGUAUUGGUAACUAUGGCAACAAGUUCGACAACACCUGCCUGCCACUGGCCUCAACUACGCAGUACAGCUGCGCUGUGUUCGAUGGGUGCCAUUACUACUACCUGCCCUGGGGAAAUGUAAAGCCAGUGGUGGUGUUGUCAUCAGAGUGGGAGGAUAUCAAGCCUCGGAUCGACUCCCUGAACAUGUUGCUGUGCAUGGUGGACAGACUGGAAGCCAACUUGGAGCAGGUUCAUCUGGCCAUCAAAGCCAACAGCUCCUUGGAGGAUGUGUACAGCAAGGUAGCACAGCUCUUAGAUGAUGUCAUCAGCGACUCCAGCCUCGAGCUUCCAGACAUUCAGCAGUGGCCGUGCGCGACCCCUCUGGACAAGUACAUUCACCGCUUCCGCAGGAUCAACCUUUCUCAGAUGGAGCAGGUAGCCCUGCAGCUAAAACAUGGAGAGAACACAGAGCUGAGCACCGUGUUGGAGCAGGCUGAGGACUGGCUGCUGAGACUGCGAGGCAUGGCUGAGGAGCCUCAGAACAGCAUGCCGGACAUUGUGAUCUGGAUGCUGCAAGGAGACCGGCGUGUGGCUUACUACCGCAUCCCUGCCCAUGAGGUCCUGUACUCCAGGAGCAAGGGUGGAGCCAACUACUGUGGCAAGCACUGCGGCCAACUUCAGACCAUAUUUAUGAAGUCUCCACAGAGUGAGGGUAAGCAGUUUAAGAUCCCUGCACAGGUGCGGGUUCGAGUGUGGUUCGGCCUGUCUGCGGAUGUGAAGGAGUUCAACCAGUACGCAGAAGGGAAGCUCUCUGUGUUUGCAGAAACGUAUGAGAACCAGACCAAACUGGCGCUAGUUGGAAACUGGGGGACCACUGGCCUGACGUACCCCAAGUUCACAGACAUCACUGGCAAAAUCAAACUGCCCAAAGACAGCUUCCACCCCUCCCCUGGGUGGACCUGGGUUGGAGAAUGGUUCAUCAGUCCUGAGAAGACGCUUCUUUAUGAUGCUGAUGCCGGUCAUAUGACUUUCAUGGAGGAGGUGUUUGAGAAUCACAUGCGGCUGCCAGGGGGACAGUGGAUAGGGAUGCCAGAAGGCUACACCGAUGUGAAUGGAGAGAAGGCGCUGCCGAAGGAUGACAUUGAGUCCCCACCUGGCUGGGUGUGGGUGGAUGAGGAGUGGUCUAAAGAUCUCAACAGAGCUGUCGAUGACGGAGGUUGGGAGUAUGGCAUCACCAUCCCUCCAGACCGCAAGCCCAAGUCGUGGGUGCCGGCUGAGAAGAUGUACCACACCAACCGCCGCCGACGCUGGGUCAGGCUGCGCCGGAGAGACCUCAAGCAGACAGAGGCGCUGAGGAAGCAGCGGCCGGGUGAGUUGGAACGGGAGGGCUGGGAGUAUGCCUCUCUCUUCGGAUGGAAGUUCCACCUGAAGCAGCGCAAGACUGACUCCUUCCGCCGCCGCCGCUGGAGGUACCGUAUGGAGCCGCUAGAGAAGACAGGCCCCGCUGCAGUCUUCGCGCUCGAGGGCUCACUGGGAGGAGUGAUGGAUGAGAAGAAUGACGACAAAUCAGUGACUGCAAGCUUUGGAGUGAAUCGACCCACCAUCUCCUGCAUGUUCGAUAGUGGGACUCGUUACCAUCUGCGUUGCUACAUGUACCAGGCUAGAGACCUUAUUGCCAUGGACAAAGACAGCUUCUCGGAUCCCUACGCCAUUGUGUCCUUCCUCCACCAAAGCCAGAAAACAGUGACCAUUCGCAACACCCUCAACCCCACCUGGGACCAGACCCUCAUCUUCUACGAGAUUGAGAUCUUUGGUGACCCCCAGGUGACCGAGGAGAACCCCCCCAACAUCAUGGUGGAGAUCUACGAUCAGGACACCUAUGGUGCUGAUGAAUUCAUGGGGCGCUGUGUGUGCCGGCCCAGCCUGGAGCCCUCUCCACGACUAGCCUGGUACACAGUGACCAGGGGGAGUAAGAACACUGGGGAGCUGCUCGCCGCUUUUGAGCUCAUCCGCAGAGAAACGCCUGCAGUCCAUCACAUUCCAGGCCUCGAGGGGGAGUUCACACCUACCGAUACACUGGACGAGCUGUGUCUUCCAGGGUUCUUCUUUGAGAAUCUCCAGCAAUGGCCAGCGGACACAGACCUGCCCAUUCCCCCUCCGCAGAGGGAGCCCAACAUCUACAUGUUGCCAAAGGAAAUUAAGCCUGUACUGCAGCUCACUGCCAUCGAGAUCCUGGCCUGGGGUGUGAGGAACCUGAAAAGCUUCCAGCUGGCGAGUGUGGCCUCGCCUAGCCUGCAGGUGGAGUGCGGGGGUCAGAUGGUACAGUCCUGCGUCAUCCGCAGCGCCAAGAAGAAACCCAACUUUGACAUCAAUGUACUCUUCAUGGAAGUGUGUCUGCCCACAGAAGAGCUGUACUCUCCACCCAUCAUCGUGAAGGUCAUUGAUAACAGGCAGUUUGGCAGGAAGCCUGUGGUGGGGCAGUGCACUAUCAAGGACCUGAAGCAAUACCAUUGCGACCCCGACAGGCUGGAGAGGGAAUCCAUUGACUACCAAGCAGAUGAAAUCAGUCUCACCCCUCGUGAUGAUGUGCUGAUAGAUAUCGAUGACAAACAGCCUCUCAUUCCAAGACAGUACCGGUAUUCCAGAUGGUGGUUGAAGAAGAAAAGUCUACUUGCAGACGGCAUGACGAGCUCAGCAAUUAUUAACCUCUCAUCCUCUCGGUCCAGCCUCCAUAAAAUCAUCUGGGAAGAGGAGUUCAUGGACUGGUGGAGCAAGUUCUAUGCCUCCACUGGUGAAAGAACCAAGUGUGGAACCUACAUGGAGAAGGGCUUCGACACACUUCAGGUGUAUGACAAAGAGUUAGAGAAGGUGGAGGAGUUCGAGGGGCUUGCUGAUUUCUGCCAGACCUUUAAAUUGUACAGAGGCAAGUCUCAGGAUGACAAUGAGGACCCGUCAGUGGUGGGAGAGUUUAAGGGGAUGUUUAAGAUCUACCCGCUGCCUGAUGACCCAUCCCUGCCCGUCCCACCUCGCCAGUUCAGACAGCUUCCUCCCAAUGGCAUUGAGGAGUGUCUCGUCAGAGUCUACGUGGUGCAAGCCACUGGCCUGCAGCCCAAGGACAGCAACGGCAAGUGUGACCCCUAUGUCAAGAUCUCUCUGGGCAAGAAGUCUGUCAAUGACCAGGACAGCUAUAUCCCCUGCACGCUGGACCCUGUCUUCGGAAAGCUGUUUGAGUUGACAUGCGCGCUGCCGCUGGAGAAGGACCUGAAGAUCGCACUGUACGACUAUGACCUGCUCUCUAAGGACGAGAAGAUCGGGGAGACUGUAAUUGACCUGGAGAACCGCUUCCUCUCCAAAUACGGGGGCCGCUGCGGGCUGCCGCAGUCAUACUGCCUGUCAGGGAUAAACCAGUGGCGAGAGCAGCUCAAACCGUCCCAGCUGCUGCACCGCUUCUGUGAGCAGAGAAACUACAAGCUGCCAGUGUACAAGCACGACCGUGUCCUCUUCCGAGGGCAUGAGUACACUCUCAGUGACCUGGAGGAUGUGAAGCUCCCUAACCCUCACCUGGGUCCUCCAGGGGAGAGACUGGCGCUGUACAUUCUCCGCAAGCAGGGACUGGUUCCGGAGCACGUAGAGACCAGGCCUCUCUACAGCCCCCUGCAGCCCGAAAUUGAGCAGGGGAGGCUCCAGCUCUGGGUCGACAUGUUCCCAAAGUCUCUUGGCCCUCCAGGGCCCCCAUUUAACAUCACACCACGCAAGGCAAAGAGGUUUUAUCUGCGCUGUGUGAUCUGGAACACCAGCGAUGUUAUACUGGAUGAUGUCAGUGUUACUGGAGAGAAGAUGAGUGACAUUUAUGUGAAAGGUUGGAUGCUGGGCUAUGAAGAAAACAAGCAGAAGACUGACGUGCACUACCGCUCUCUGGGUGGAGAGGGGAACUUCAACUGGAGAUUCAUCUUCCCCUUCAACUACCUGCCUGCCGAGCAGGUGUGCACCUUCAACAAAAAGGAACACUUCUGGAGCUUGGAUAAGGAAGAAACCAAGACUAGCCCCAAGCUGAUGAUUCAGAUAUGGGACAAUGACAAAUUCUCCUUUGAUGACUAUUUGGGUUCUGUGGAGUUGGACCUGAACAAGAUGGUGCGUCCCUCGAAGAGCCCGGAGAAGUGCACCCUGGACAUGCUGGAGCAGUCCCUCUGCCCAGAGAAACUCGUCUCUCUCUUUGAGCAAAAGACCAUGAGGGGCUGGUGGCCCUGUGUAGGGGAGAGCAAUGGGGAGAAGAUAAUUGCAGGGAAGGUGGAGAUAACUCUGGAGAUCGUGUCUGAGCAGGAGCGGGAUGAGAAGCCUGCUGGACUGGGCAGAGAGGAGCCCAACAUGAAUCCCAAACUGGAGGACCCCAAACGCCCUGAGACAUCCUUCCUGUGGUUCUCCUCUCCAUUUAAAACAAUGAAAUACAUCCUGUGGAGGAGGUUCAAGUGGAUCAUCAUUGCUGUCAUCAUCAUUGUCAUUCUGCUGCUCUUCCUCGGAGUCUUCCUCUACUCCUUCCCGAACUAUGCUGCUAUGAAGUUGGUGGGACCCUUUGCAAAACGAGAGGCCGUUGAGACCCUCAGGCCUAUUGAGAGACGUGGGGGUGAGGAGCCACUAACAUCCCUUGGAGGUUAAGCGCUGACCAUGGUAUAGACAGCUCAGGACUGCGUCAGUGCCAUGGAACACACAAAGGCAACUGGCAGUGAACUCUCAUGUUCAGACCUUCAUAAUACAUUUAUGUGUUUUAUUUUGUUGUUUAAGUUUCAUAAUCUA